GAUGUUACGUUUUGUCGUCUGCUAACAUAUCCGCGAUGGCUGAAAGCAAACGGAGGCCGAAUUUGACUGAAGAAGAGCGAAUUUUACUAAUUGACAAUGUGAACCAAAUUCAACAUCGACUGUUUGGAAAAUUUAAAGGAUGCGGCACGCAGAAGGGAGGAAAAAUCAAAGAACAAGCCUGGGAGGAGGUGGUGAAUGCCCUAAAUGCGUAUGAUGGUCUGUAUUUCUAUUUUAACAGAAAAUCAGGAGAGGUGAAAAGAACAGUUGAGGAGGCAAAAAAACAGUAUGCCAAUCUGAAACAAAGAGCCAAAGACAAAUCUGAUGCCAUCAGACGUCCCAAAACUGGUGGUGGGCCAAAGCCAGUCUCGCCCUCAUUUGCCGAGACGUUGAUCAUUGAAAAUCUACAAGAUCGACCUACCCUGCAGGGUUUGUUAGAUGGCUUUGACACUGAAGAUUUCAGUGGAACACUGUCUGCAACAACUGCAUCUGAGGAUCCGGGGUUGGGCAUGGACAUGUUGUCAAAUGAGCCCAAUUGCCCGGUGCAACUGGAUCUUGUGAUUGACAAACAGGGAAUCCUGCAAGUUCCAACCCCAAGUCCCUGCAAUGGUCCUUUCAAGGAGCCACCCAAAAAAAAGCUAAAUUGCAUGAGGAAGAAAUUCUUACCCUCAGGGCCGAAAAAGAGAAAUUUUUACAAGAAACCAUUACAUUAAAAGAACAAGCAGAAUACUUUAGAUCCAAAAACAUCAUUGCCAAAUUAGAGAAGGAAAAGUUAGAGCUGAAAAUACUAAUAUUAAGAAAGAAAUGUGUAACAUUAGAAGAAGAGUAAAAUGAAAUGAAAGUACAAAAUGAAGAACAUAAAGAUAGAUGUGUAGUAAAGUUUCAAGAGAAUAAUAAUUUAUAUUAUAAAGAGAAUUAAUAAUUAUGUCAAUAGCUAUGUUAAUUGCUAAGAUAUAUAAAUAAAUAAUACAAGAAAAUUUGCCUUUUGGAAAAAACAAUUUGGAAUUC